UUUUUUUUUUCUUUUCUUUUUUGCUCAAUUUGGACCUGGCUUUGUGUCUGUUGUGCAGGGCAAGAAACGGGGUUCAAGUGGCUGGGGGUGUGCUCCCCGAAAGGCGACCGGAGUACGGAGUAACAAGGCCGGGAAUAGCCAGCCCGUCCACAUGAUGAUGCAAGGAGAGAAAACGAGGAACCUUUUUUUUCUUCCCUUGUCUCUCAAGUAAGCUCUAUUGGGGGAGUGGAUGAUUUGGCCAACGAGCACCUUGGGUCUGGAGAAACAAAGUCCGAACUGGCAUUCCCAGCCGGAUGGGCCGCUCGAGCUGCGAGGGGGAGUCGAGGAGCGAAGAGUUGAAUAAUCAUCAUCGCUGUCGGGUUAGAGUUAGGUGCAUGCAGCCUGGUCGAAGGUCGGGCUUGAGGGGAUUGCUGGAAGGUUGUGAUUAGCUGCGCUGGGCUGAGCAGAGAACUAAGGUUGCUGCUGCGACCUGGCGACGGCUUGGGAGGGAGACUCCACACACUCUCUCGCCCCAAUGCUGAGACAAAGCAUUCUCCCACGAUCUGUAGGCAUCCUUGCAGUUGGAUUGAACACGGCCGUUAAAAUAAUCAUAAUCAGCAACAGAUCAUUGGUCUCACUCGCUCGCUAAUAACCAACAGGCAAAUCAGCGAUCAGGCUGCCGUCUGCCUUGUCUCUCGCUCGCUCUCACACUCAUCUCUCUUUCCCAUCCCCGGGAAAAGAGUCAAGCGGAACAUCGACUGCAGGCUGCCUUCAAUUUGAUGAUAAUCUUUCUUCCACCGUGUGACAGCAGAUUGAGAUCAACAGCAGGAUCGCCAAACUCGCCCUUUUUUUUUUUGUUUUUUUGUCUGAGAGAUUGUGCUGGUUGCCGUCGAAGUGCUCACUCGCCCUUGGCCCGAACGGGACUAGCUGGCGAUCCCGCGCAAUCGGCGACUGAUAACAAAACACCCUCGACACUCGACACUCAACACUCGACGCUCCCUAUUGAAUCUACGCAUCUUUUCUUUCCCACCCGCAUCAACAUCCCCGCAUGGUUCUGGCACCUUGAGUCUAUACACAGCACCCAUGGUCAGCGUGCGAGAUAUGCCAUAUACCGUGACCAACUCAUUCAAGAGGGGUCUCAUGAUGCGAACUUACAGCAAACCCAUCCGCCAGUUCUGGGAUGAUGCCGCGCGUCCAGCCACGAAGAAAAGACGCGUCGACGCCGGAAAGGACCAGAACGAGAGCGAGAACAACCUUGAAUGCGCGAUACGCGAGUCAUCGGCGGCCGUGCUCUCCAGUCCGUCGCGUCGCAACUCCGUGAGUUUCUCAGAGGACGUUCUCGAUGACCUAUCCACUCCGCCUUCAUCGCCUCCGGCUCUACAGCUGACGCCUCCGCCGGCAAAUACGCGAAAACCUACGUUUACCUUCCUCAAGCGGAAGAGGUCGACGCCCAGCGUUUCAGCUGGCGGAACACCCUUGGCAGAGGUGAACUCGAAUAGCUUCCUGCCAUCGUCGACUGAUCCUCAGAAGAAAAAGCAGCGACAGCAGCAAAGUCACCAGCCACCGGUCUUGAAGCAGAUGCAGCUCGACCUGGGCGGAGAAAUUCGGAAGACCUGUUCCGGGUGUGGGAUGGAGUACGUUCCGUCUAGCCCGGAGGAUAUGGCUUUGCACAAGAAGUUUCACGACAUGAAUUCGAACGGGAUUGACCUUGGCAAGGCGUUUGUGCGCGCGAAUGCGUCCAGGUGGGUAUACGAGGCGGCGCGUUUUGACGAGGGAUACGUGGUGAUCAUCGAUCGCAAGAGCUCUCUACCGGCGAAGAAUCAGGCAAAACGAGUGCUAGAGGUGGUCAACAAGGAGCUUUCUUCUCCGGAAAUUGAGGAUUCGAUCCUGUGGAGCCAGAUCGACACCCCGAAGCAGUUUAGGAAGAACGGCUCGAAGGAAGAGGUUGAUCGGUUCAAGGUGUUUUUGCACAUGAAGGACAGCAAAUGCGUUGGGUUAUGCUUGACUGAACGGAUAUGGGAGUCUCAUCUUGUUAAGCGGGACGGGGAAAAGCCUGUCAAAGGAUCUGGGGAGGGAUUCGACGGCUCGUCAAUCACCUUGAGUCAGGAGAAGCAGCCAGCUUCUGUGGGGAUAUCGCGAGUGUGGACGUCUUCUUCGUCUCGAAGAAAGGGGAUUGCCAUGGACCUGUUGGAUUGUGUCGUGGGCAAUUACUUCUACGGAAUUGAGAUUCCAAAGUCGCAGGUGGCAUUUAGUCAACCAACGGAGAGCGGAUGUCGCCUCAUGGAGGCAUUUUUCGGACCCGAUGAGCCGUGGUAUGUCUACAAGGAAAUCUAUGCCACCAAUUGAGCCGUCUUUGGUUUAUCAGGGUCAAGACUUAGAGCUCCUUGGAUACGCGAGCUACAAACAGCUUUGAAGCACCAUGAAAGAAAGAAAAGCUCCACCCCUUCCUUUCCUUUUUUUUUUUCUUUUUUUUUUUGUUUAAACUAGCCGAUUAGAGAAUGGACCCUUUUUUCUGCUGGAUUACGGGCGUUUCGAUGGGCAAUUUAUUCUGGGAUUUAUUGCGCUGAAGUUGGAGGCCAAACUGUGUAACCGGAUUACCCUUGUCAUUUUUUUUAACCUGUAUGUCUUAAAGAGUCGAUAUACCACCAAAUUGCAAUUGAUUAGCGCAAUAA